AAGAAUGCAGUGUGUGUCAGGCGAAAGAGUUGCGAGCAGACAGAGGGCUCUUUCUUAAAGCGUACGGCCUAGAGUGACUCAACUCCUCCUCUCGCACGCAGGUACAGCUGUGGAUAUGUGCCUUCCAGUCAGAGCAGCAGAUUGUGUGGCUGACAGCAGGGUUAUGUGAUGCCCGCAGAGACGUCUGGACUGACCUCUGAUCAGAGCCGAAAUGCCCCAAUUCCAUCACAUCUGUGAGAGUCAAGGCAGAAAAGACUAAAAUAGAGUUGGUGUCUCCAGAGGGACUGAUGCUGAGAGGAAUCCACCCAGUAUAAACACGACCCACGAUCUCCGCAGUCCUCCCAGCCACAAGAUAUGAAUCGUCAAAAGUCACAGAGAAACAUUUCAUAAGCAAUCCUUUGUUGUUAGACCUCAAAGGCAAGGCGUUGUUUGAGAUGAAUGCUGAGGUUUGGAAUUAAAGCAAUAACUGAGUGCAUCAAGGAUUUUGAAAAAGUCCAUCCGUCAUUUAUUAAAACGGGCUUGUGUUAUAUUUCCUCAGGAUGGGACUGACAUCAGAACUUUUAACAGGCCUAAACUGAACUGAAGCACAGUGACAGAACUGGCUCAAGUGGACAGUUUCUUGAUCAUCCCAUGCUAAUUACUGGUUUAAUCGGAUCUAGUGGCUUUACAUCUCAGAUCACAUUGGAUUUGAUCUCUACAGGGAUUUGAAGAACUCUUGCUGAACCAUGACGGAGGCAAUCCUGCAGUUUUUCAAUAAUAUGUGGAGUGUCGCGUCAUCCAAGCAUGACCAGGGCAUCUACAACACGGUUUGCCUGGUAGUGCUUCUGACUCUGCCACUGGUUGUGCUCUUCACAUCUGUGCUGGUGUGCUGUCAUUGUUGCUGCUGUCGUCGGUGUUGUUGCGGCAAAGGCGAGACCUCAGUCACAAAUGUGAAGUCCGAAAAGAAGAAGAAAAAGAAAAACGGCGGCCAGAACAGUGAGGACUUGUGGAUCUCAGUCAAAACAGAUCCCAUGAGUAGUGACAGACUUGCACUCACUAUGGUGUAAAAAGCCACGUUGAACAAUUUUAUAUUUAUUUAUCUUUUUAUGGUACAUGUAAAGGUACAAAAGUGUUGCAGCAGUGUUUUCUAAACAUUUACCCGAAUGUAAAAAAAAAAAAGAAGAAGGAGAGAGAAUUUCAAGAGACUUUUUGUAUAGAAGUGAAAUUUGGGAGUGAAUGAAUGUGCAAGAAUAUGCUUUAUGAUGUGUGUGUGGUCCUGAAAGGCUUUCCCAAAACCCACAUUGUAGGUGAAAAAAAGCAUAUCUGUCAUUAUACAACAGUUAGUCCAGGGCCUUGUUUUGCUGAGCUGUGUUUUUGCAUUUGACUGCACUGCUUUUGUAUUGAUUUUUUUUUUUUUUUUUUUUUAUAAAUAUGCUCUAGACGGACAUGUUUGAUUUUUGUGCUCAUGCCCUUCUCAAGUCUCGAGCAUAACAUGGCUUUCUUAAAAUGUGCCACUUAAUUAAAAAUAGUUUAACAUUUUUUUAACGCAUCUCUAGACCUUGCAUUUUUUAAUUUCACUGCCAUGCGUUUUAAAACCAAAAAUGUUUUCAGUGUGAAUAGCCCUAAUAGACUGUCCAAAAGCACCAGGAUUGUUAUCACUCCCCUUAUCUGUGUUUGUGCGUUUCGGUGAGGAUUUUCAGUGAUUCUUUCGCAUUUUACAUUGUUAGCAAGUGCAACAGUUGAUUCUGGUUUGGAAUCAUUUGAAAUGUGUAUAUUUGUGUCGAAAUACACGAUGGAACACAGUAUUGUAAUAUUGUGUCUAAAAUGAAGUUCUAUCAUGACAGCUCUCAGGAUAUUUUUUGUUAAUUUUAAUUUAUUUGGUCUUGGCAGAAUAGAUCUGCUGCGCUGCUGCUGCUGUUAUUGCUGUUGUUGUAAAUUAUUGCCUGCACAGAAACAGGAACUGUGCUGUGAGUAUGUAAGACACACUGCUGCACAAAUAGUAUUCAAUUACCCAUGGCAGAUCGAUACUGGUGGAGCUGGGGAGGUGGAGGGUUUUAGUGAAUAGUGAAUGGUAACCAACCGUUUAGAUUUUGAGCAUGGCUCAAUGGCCAUGGCCAAUGGCUGCUGACAUUAACCAAUCAGCUUGUGCCAAGAAGUUAGCGCAGUAAAUAUCAUCAGCUUGUGUUAAUGACCAAUCAGCCUGCACCAUCAAGAGUUCUUGUUUAUUCAACUGCUGUACAAAAGAAACAUCACACUCGCAGUCGCUAUCGAUCGGAACAACUGCAAUAGCCAAUUGCUUGAUUAACAUUUCUAAUAGAGCCAGGUGCCAGAAAUAUGUAAGAAUUCCAAAGAGCUCUUCACAAUUACAAACGCUUCUAAAACCUGAACUUGAACCAAAACAUUUCCCAAAGAAACGUCAAAGACAAGGGAUGCACUUAGUGGGUCACAACCACUUGUCCUUCACUCGAAGGAUGCAAUGCAUUUAAAAUUACUUGCUUGAAAUGGCUUCCGAAAUUGAUACUUUCCCACAAAACAAUUUCCCUAUAAAUAUAACCUGCCUUUCUUACUGUCGACUGACUAAACCAUAAUUUAAAUAAAAGUGUGUGUGUGGGGGGGGGGGGGGUAUGUUGGCUCUGUGAUGCAUGAAUUUACUAGACUAGAGUAUAGAUCAACAGCUCAAAGACACUUGUCUUAUAAUCUCCCCCUAAACACAUCUAUUCACAAAAGAGUGAAAAUGAUUGUACUGAUCUCAAAACUAAGACUGUUGGAUACAGCAUUAUCAUCACAGUGUGUAAUUGGGCUUGCUGAUAAACAAACUUUGAUCUUCUUGCACUAUUCAGAUGUAGGGAUGUUUGCAGUGCCAUAAUUAGAUGUUUAUGUUGUUCCUUCACACAUUCUGAUUAUGCAUGUCAGAAAGUCAUGCAUUAACACCCACCAUCAUGCUCUUUUUUUCACUUAACUGUUGUGUUUGGCUAGCAUGCAUUUUUGCAUUAUCGGGUAAAGCAACCGCUGAAUUCUUCAUUGCAUAAUCAGUAAAGUUGAGCCAUAUACUUGUCCUUCAUUGAUUUUGGUUUCUGGUACAGCUGGGUCAAGGAGAACAUUUUUCAUUAGUCUGAACAACGAAACCGUCAAGUUCUGUUUCCUG